AUGGUGGGGAAUGUAUCUUCAAAUUUUGCUGAUAUCAUUGUGAUAGGUGAACGAAUNGAGAUNGGGUUGAAAAAUGGAAAGAUUGCAUAUGGUUCGUCAGUGGUUACAAACUCCAAAAAACCCAGUUUUAACUCAGGAAAAAGGAAAGAAGGUGAUGUGCACGCAACAUCUGCAACCCCUGUGUGGAGAGGUCAGGCUCCCACUCAUAACUACCGACCAUACUGGGGUCAACAUCCACAUGCAGCUAAUGUAUCAUUUGGCCAUCAAGCCAGGCCUCAGCAACAGCCAGGGUACUAUCAACCACAGUACAUCUCGACGAAUAAUUGGAGGGGAGGGGCAAACGUAAGUUCCAAUGUGAAUGCGGGUCGAAAUACUUAUCCAAGAAGGAAUCAGGAGAGAAGUUAUGUUAAUUUUACUCCAAUUCCUACAACUUAUACGGAAUUAUUGCCUCAGCUUAUCAAACAGGGUCUGGUUGUCAUUUGCCCCCUGAAGCCUAUGCAGCCUCCGUAUCCAAGAGGUUUUGAUGCAGAUGCAAAGUGUAGUUAUCAUGGAGGGGCCGCUGGUCAUUCCACUAAGAGAUGUUUGGCUUUCAAACAUAAAGUGCAGACCCUAAUUGAUUCUGGGUGGUUAAAGUUCCAAGAAGAUAAGCCUAGUAUUGAGGCCAAUCCUUUAGCCGGGCAUGGAAGUGCUUCGACGAAUGCUAUCGAAGUGAAAGAACAUGAAUUGGUGAGAAAUGCGAGAGAAGUUAGGAGCUCCAGGAGGUUUAUUUUGGAGACGUUGUUUAAAAUGGGUAUCUUGAAAGGCGAUUACGAUGGGAGUAUGGCAUGCGCGUUCCACCCAGAUGCUGAGCAUUCUAUUGAGGAGUGUGUCCAAUUUGAAGAAAUUUUGCAAGACUUGUUAGAUCGUGGUCUGAUGCAGGUAUGCUGCAAGAGUGAGGAGGAACAGGUAUUUGCACAAACUGGUGAUGGGUCCAGCAUGACUUUACCAGAACCAUUGGUGAUUCGUUUCACCAGGACUACCCCUAUCCCACUGACUCAGGGAAGGUCGCCUGUUGUUAUCCGUGUACCAGCCCCUUUUCCUUACAAGAAUGAAAAAGCCGUCCCCUGGAGAUAUGGGACACAUGUAGUAGACGAACCACAAAGCGUUGAUCCUUCUGUUAAAAAUAUAUCAGGCAUAGGUGGAAUGACGAGGAGUGGUCGAUUUUUCACACCACCGGAGUUGGCACGAGAAAGAGCUAGUGAUAAAGAAAUGACGAUGACUGCAAAGGCAAAAGAAUUNUUAAAAGGGAAGGGUGCACANACAGAGGAGGUCCCUGACAAGGAAGAGAAGAGGGAGGUGUCUGAAGAAGAGGCUUGUGAAUUUUUAAAAUUCAUACAACAAAGUGAAUAUAAGGUGGUGGAGCAGUUAAACCGUAUGCCUGCCCGUAUAUCCUUGUUAGACUUGCUCNUGCAUUCUGCUUCACACAGAAAGUUGUUAAUGAAGAUACUCAGUGAGGCUCACGUGGAGCAAGGUAUUUCGUUGAAUAAAUUUGAGGGUAUUGUUGGCAAUAUUGUUGCUAAUAAUUACCUCACAUUCACGGAUGAGGAAAUACCUGCUGAGGGAAGAGGGCAUAACAAGGCUCUUCACGUCUCUGUGAAAUGCCUGGAUCAUGUUAUAGCACGUGUCCUAGUGGACAAUGGCUCCUCUUUGAAUGUCAUGCCGAAAGCAACUUUGGAAAAGUUACCUUGCGAAGGAAUGUAUAUGAAGCCAAGUUCAAUGAUUGUGAGGGCGUUUGAUGGUAGCAAAAGAGAAGUGAUGGGGGAAGUGGAAUUACCAGUGCAAGUUGGCCCGUGUGUCUUCCAAAUAACAUUCCAGGUUAUGGACAUUUUGCCUGCUUAUAGUUGUCUGUUGGGGCGCCCGUGGAUCCAUUCGGCCGGAGUCGUGCCUUCUACAUUACAUCAGAAGUUAAAAUAUGUGAUGGGGGAUAAGCUGGUGAUAGUGUCGGGAGAAGAGGAUCUUCUUGUGAGUGGGCCAUCAUCCACGCGCUACAUUGAGGCAGCUGAAGAAGCUCUUGAAACAGCCUUUCAAUCGUUGGAGAUUGUGGGAAAUGCUUGUGUGGAGCCGUUUCCAGUAAAACCUCAUCUAUCUUGUGCUUCUAUUAUGAUGGCCAAGAUUAUGCUGAAGAAGGGCUAUAUAUAUGGAGAAGGUUUGGGCAAAUAUCGACAAGGGCGAGCAUUCCCUCUAGAAAUCGUUGAAAACAAGAACAGAUAUGGCUUGGGAUACAAGCCUACCAAAGAAGACAGGAAGAGGAUGAUUGAAGAAAGAAGAGAGCGCAGUCUAGCUCGUGCGGAAAGGCGAGAGCCCAGAGAGAGCAAAAUUCACAUUGGUGACAUCAAGGAAUUUUUUCGCAGUGUUGGGUGGAUCACUACUGGCCAGAUAGCAGCCGUGGAGGAUGAAGACAAGNCUCAGAGCUCGAGUUUUGUGUGGGCUUGUUCCCCUAAUACUCAACUCAGCAAUUGGGAAACACUGGAUUUACCUGUGAUGCUUAAUGAGAAUAAAAUGUAA